AUGGCGACAGCUAAACCCCCCUACGACCCGGUAAAGACCGUCGAAGGCAUGUUUAUGGGUUCCGUGACCCGCAUUGCCUAUGCCAUGAAAGACCCUUUGAACUACGCGCAGUCAACAAAAGCAGUGCUCGCCGAAACAGCCAAAAAAUUCCAGGACGCCUUGGAUGACUGUGAGGUUCAGAUCCUUGAUGCAAAAUGGUACCUUGAGCGUCAAUUGGCCCUGAACAAAGCCCGGCGUGAGGCCAAAGCAAGAGAAGAUAGUGCCGCAAGCGCGAAAAGGAAACGCGACGAGACUAGAGAAGCACAAGAGGCGGCGCAACCUGCAGACGGCGAAAAUGCCCCCAAGCGCAUAAAGACACAAGAGCCUGAGAGUCCGGUGCAAGCGCAGCCAAAGGCCCAACAACCUUCUCCGGCGCAGAAACCGGCUCCUCCUCCAGCUGUGACGGCAAAUACCAACACGGCGCAACCUCUUUCUUCGUCAGCAGAGAAGAACCCCACACCCAAACCACCCGAUAAACCCAAAGUCUCCGUGUCCACAGAUAUCAAGGCAUCGCAGCCAGCUGUCGUACCAGCUUCCAGACCUCAGGAGAAGCCUCCCGAGUCGGCGCAGCAACCCGAGAGUACAAUGACACAGACAACCACGGAGGAGUUUCCCAAGCCGACUCCGCAAGACACUCCGGCCGAGGCCAGCGAGGCUUUCAACUUCGAAUCAAUGUUUGGUGAGCCAUCAGCGGACAUGAUGGGCGGCAACAACAAUGACAUGAACUUUGACCUCGACAAUCUGGGCGAUGGGUUUGGCGCAGACCCUUCGCACCUCAAUAUACAACAAGACGCUUCACUGAGCUCCCUUCUACCUGGCCUCGAAUCAUAUGCGAAUCAAACGGGCGACGACUCCAACUUUGGCAUCACCGGAUCUACAGUCAAUGGACUACCUCUAGCCGCAAAUGUGGGCGCCACAGGUGGUAUGGGAGGUAUUGGAGGGCCCAUGGGUGCCGACAAUAACAUCAACAAUGCACAGAUCCAGCACCAGCCGCCAGCCGAUGUCAAUGUUAACGACUUUGGGCUCCCCGCAUUAGGUCCUAAUGAGUUUGAUGAUUUCCUGAACGCGAAUGCCAUGAACUUCGACGACAAUGUCGCGUUGGGCAAUGACGGUUUGACCGAUCUGGACAGCAUGGAUAACAUUGAUAACAUGGAGAAUAUGGAGAACAUGGAUUUUGAUUUUGAGAGUAUGUUCAAAUGA